CUCACGUCGUCCUCUUUUCCCUUGCUUCUGUUGAGGUUUCUUCUCGAUAGAGAGAAGAUCAAAAUGAAGCUCAAUAUAGCUUAUCCAAAUACUGGCUGUCAGAAGCUCAUUGAAAUUGAAGAUGAGAAAAAAGUGAGAAGCUUUUAUGAUAAACGAAUGGCAAUGGAGGUCCCUGGUGAUUGCCUUGGCGAUGAAUGGAAGGGAUAUGUAUUCAGGAUCACUGGUGGGAAUGAUAAACAAGGGUUUCCAAUGAAGCAAGGUGUUAUGACAAACGGUCGUGUCAGGCUCCUGCUAUCAAAGGGACACAGCUGCUAUAGACCACGUCGUACUGGGGAGCGCAAACGCAAGUCUGUCAGAGGAUGCAUAGUUGAUUCUGCCCUUAGCGUGUUGAGUCUUGUGAUUGUGAAGAAAGGUGAACAAGACAUUCCUGGUCUUACUGACACUACUAUCCCACGGCGUCUUGGACCUAAGAGAGCAGGAAGAAUCAGGAAGAUGUUCAAUCUGUCUAAAGAAGAUGAUGUGCGCCAGUAUGUUAUCAGAAGACCACUUCCUGAAGUAGAAGGAAAGAAGCCUAAGUCCAAAGCACCCAAAAUUCAGCGCCUCGUUACCCCAGUGGUACUCCAGCGCAAGAGGAUGCGCAUGGCCCUGAAAAGGCAAAGAGCAGGAAAAGCCAAGCAGGAAGCAGCAGAUUAUGCUAAACUCUUGGCAAAACGUGCUAAGGAGGCCAAGGAUAAACGACAUGAGACCCUCAUGAAGAAGCGCAGAGCAUCCAGCUUGAGAGAUUCUGUCAGUGCUAAAUAACAUGUAAUAAAGUAAUUGAGCUUCAUUGAA